CACUACUAUGCGAAAUACUUGGCAACGUCAUGUGUAUUGCGCUUUCAGUAGAUCUUUCUAUACAUCAUACUAUUUUUUCUAUGAACCAUACAUGCGUACUCACAUCUACACAGACGUACUGUAGAAGUUCAAGCGUAGAAACGAAGGAACUUACUCGAAUGAAUACUUAUAAUAUAUAAAACAUAAAACUUGCUGUCUGAUUGAUCUUGUACUAUAGAGUUCUCAAGCUUUUAAAUCUUCGAAUUUAUUCGUCAGUUGAAACAUCUCACCUUAUAAACAUUCCAUCAUCAUACAUUUUGUGAUGUGUGUAAACUUCAACCCUCUCCUUAUAUUUCAUAUGAAAUCGCAUGCACUAAAGGAGUUUCGCAAAACUUGAUUUCUUACAACGCUGAUUAUCACGAAUUACUUUAAUCUGGUGAACGAAUCACAUAUUAUCUCGGCGAACAGCACAUUUCGUCAGGCUACUUACCCACGCUAUUUUGUAGGUUUGUAGGCAUAUCGAUCCGCCAAUGUACAUGAAUCAGUGUUUUUUGCAAAAUUAGGUUUUUACGACCUCCGGCUUAUUGAAAGUUAAUGUACCAUGGAAUACCAACAGACAUUCUUUUGAUUUGGUGAUCAUAGUAGUAUAAUUGCUCUCUUGUUUCUUUCAUGCAUUUUAGAUUCAUUCAUUGAAGUAUUGGCUAUCAAAAAUGGCAACUGCACAUGAUUUAGACAUUGAUGCUGAUGAUUAUCCGCUGAUAACGGAACCGAUAGCACUCUCGACUACGCCAAUACCAACUGAUAAAUCAGUUAGUGUACAAAAUCAAAUCAGUGAUUAUUUAGAUUUUGGAUCAUGUCCUCAAAAAGACCAAAUUAUUGCUAAUUUAUUACGUAAUGGUCUUCAUGUAUUGUCAAAAUAUGAAGGUGGAAUAAUACCGGAUAUAUAUUCAACUGAAAUGAAUUAUACACCAAAAGAUGGAAGUCCAUUAUUAAAAUUAAUUAAAUCAGAUGUCAGUGAUCGAUUGAAUGUGGCAUUAAAUAGUCAACCAAUAAUUAAAGCUUUUAUUGAUCAAACAGAAAGUGAAAAUCCGACUCAUUACAACCAGGUGCUAGUGAGUGUUCGGAAAUUAUGUACCAUUGUUUUACCGUUUCGGCCACAAUCUUCUCCACCGUAA